ACAAACAGUGUUUUUAUAGAUACAUUCGCAUGCAAUUGCAAGGUUUUUAACCAAUUGAAUUUGAAGUGUAUCAACAAAUAACUUUUAUUUAGAUAAUUAUGUAUUUAUAAAGGUUUCAAGUUAAUUUUUUAACUUUUCGAAUAUUCCUAUUUAGUAAAGUAUCACUUAAAUAAUUUGAUGAUGUGGGAUUCAGCAUUAUUCCUGAGUACUUUAACACCAAAGUUUUACGUUGCAUUGACGGGAACAUCGUCUUUAAUAUCUGGUUUAAUUUUGAUUUUUGAGUGGUGGUAUUUUAGGAAGUAUGGGACUUCUUUCAUUGAACAAGUCUCUCUUAAUCAUAUUAGCCCUUGGAUCGGGGGUGUAGAAGAAAAUGGUAGUAAUAGUAGUGGUAGUAGUUCUUCCGUGAGUCCCCCGAACAGCGUUCCGGAAUGCAAGGUAUGGCGAAAUCCGUUAAAUUUGUUUCGUGGGGCUGAAUAUCAACGAUUCUAUUGGGCCACCAACAAGGAGCCUUUAACCUAUUAUGAUAUGAAUCUGUCUGCUCAAGAUCAUCAGACAUUUUUCACUUGUGAAGCUGAUAUUGGGAAAGCGGAGUAUGAAAUAAUGCAAACAGCCUGGAGAGAACGCAAUCCUAUAGUUCGUAUCAAAGCAGCCAGAAGGGCCAUUGAGCUGAACAGCGAAUGUGCUCCAGCAUACAUACUUCUUGCUGAAGAAGAAGCUACAACCAUUACUGAAGCAGAAAAGAUAUUCAAGCAGUCCUUAAAAGUCGCCGAAAUGAACUACAAAAAGUCUCAACAGAUACAGCAUCAAGGAUCUGUACUGGAAGCUCAACACAGGAGAGACACAAAUGUUUUAAUUUAUAUAAAGAGGCGUCUUGCCAUGUGCGCGAGACGUCUGGGGAAGCUCAAGGAAGCUGUCAAAAUAUUCCGUGACUUAACCAAAGAAGUGCCCCCCAUUAUGAACGUUUUAAAUAUUCAUGAGAAUCUUAUUGAGGCUCUUUUGGAAAUGCAAGCAUAUGCUGAUGUUCAAGCUGUUCUUGCAAAGUAUGAUGACAUAUCACUUCCAAAAUCGGCGACCAUUUGUUACACUGCGGCAUUAUUGAAAGCUCGUUUGGUGGCGGACAAAUUUUCUGCGGAUGUGGCCAGCAAAAGGGGCUUAACGGCCGCAGAAAUGUCCGCUGUAGAAGCCAUACAUCGAGCGGUCGAAUUUAAUCCUCACGUUCCUAAAUAUUUACUUGAAAUAAAACCCUUAAUUUUACCCCCCGAACAUGUUCUUAAACGGGGAGAUUCGGAAGCCAUAGCCUACUCCUUUUUCCACUUACAACAUUGGAAAAACAUAGAAGGUGCUCUAAAUCUCCUGCAUUGUACUUGGGAAGGCACGUUUAGAAUGCUUCCAUAUCCUCUGGAGAGAGGGCACCUGUUUUAUCCUUAUCCUACCUGCACUGAAUGUGCGGAUAGGGAACUUCUGCCCGCUUUUCAUGAGGUUUCUGUUUACCCUAAGAAAGAAUUGCCCUUUUUUAUUAUCUUUACUGCCGGUUUGUGUUCGUUUACCGCCCUUUUGGCCCUGUUGACCCAUCAGUAUCCUGAACCAAUGGGUAUGGUGGCAAAAUCCCUCUUAAACUGGAUGUCUUUACCCCUAUAUUAUAUUUAUGAAAAAGUUGAGAACUUUUUGCCAUCAAAUCUCUUACAACAACUGUCCAGGAUAUAAAGAAACUAAAUAAUAUUCGUCUCAAAUUGUUUAUAAACGUUUUUUAUCGUACUUAAUAUUUGAUUGUGAUUAUUUAUAGUGUGAUAGCGCAAGCGAAACUUGUUUUUGAACUUAUUUUAAAUUUUAUAAUUUAUUUAAAUAAGUAGUAUCAGCGAAAUGAAACACUUAGCGAACAAAAGUUUUGACAGAAAAGUUUUAUUUAGAAACCAACUCACAUACCAAUAAGAUAAGCGUUUGUAUUGUUUUAUAUGUAUUUCAAUAAAAAGCAUGACAAAUGUUAAAACUGCAUCUAGUGCUGAGCAAUAAAUACUG